UGACAGCAGUUUUAGAUUAAAAUUUCACAGGAAAUUGUUCAAAAAGAUUGGUUUAAUUUAAAACUACAAAGUGGUAAAAGAAGUUAUUUGCUUUAGGCCCAAAAUUACUUGUUCUAAGAGUCAAACUUAAUACUCGAUUUUUGGUGUAUGGGUUUUACAUCACGAGAGUAGAUCAUCGUCUCUUGGUUUUGCAAUAUGCAACAUGCUGCAAUAAUAUUUUUACAAAAAUGCAGCUGACUCACAUCACAUGUCGCCUUCUUUCAUCGUACAAAUUAAUUUCCUGAUCACUUAAAUAGAACCAUGCUGCUCGCCUUGAUGUUUUGUUUUACAUCCGUAAUUGCUACCUUUUGUUCUAUUAACCGGUGACAUCUGAGGAAGUCUCUCCUGUACGGACAUUGAACAAUCGAAAUUCGUAGAAGUAUAGGUCGCUCACUACUGAAGAAGUCGUUUAGGAGCUAAAGUUAACGACCAGUUAAACUACAUCGGUUAAACACGGCAGGCUUUUUUUGUUUAUGUGUUGAGCAUAUCGUCAAGUUAUCAGGAAUCACAUUUGCCCAGCUGUACACAUCAAGUACUGGAUCUGAACAGCGCAGUGUGCCCCAGCGCACGCGAGAAUGGCAAACCAAUCUGAUACUGAUUAUUCAGGCAGUUGUGGCGAUAAUUUUCGUCCUGAAACUGUUGUCAUCAUAAACUGUGUAUUGAAUGUACCACUGAUACUCAUAUCCAUUAUCGGCAACAUUCUGGUGGUUGCCGCCAUCUCGCGAACUCCUCAUCUGCGCUCGCCGUCCACCAUUUUGCUCUGCAGUCUGGCUUUUUCUGACCUUCUAGUUGGGUUUGUUGUACAGCCGCUUUAUAUUGCCUCUGAAUUAAUGGAAAACGAUUUCCUUUACGAAGUGGUGAACCCAUUGUCGUUUUGUGCAUGUGGAGUGUCACUCGCGACAAUGACAGCUAUAAGUGUGGAUCGGUUUUUGGCUCUUCACUAUCACAUGAGAUAUCCAAACUUGAUGACUGCGCAUCGCGCUCUAUAUGCCUCAGUAACUCUUUGGAUCGUUAUCUUUGUCAUCUCCUUUUCAACGUUUUGGAAAGAGAAGGCGUAUUAUUUUUCUGCAGCUGUUUGUAUUGUCAUUUGUCUUUUAGUUUCAACUUUUUGUUACAUCCGAGUCUACAGGAUUGUUCGUCAUCAUCACCUACAAAUUCACGCUCAAAGACAGGCUGUAGAAAAUACUGAAACUUCUCAGAGCACGGAGCGAUCGAUAAAACGUGCCAUGGACACUUUCGUGUUUUACAUCGUGUUGACUUUUUGUUAUCUACCGUUGUUUACUGCCAUGGUAAUGUUUGGUGUUCCUCGCAUUCAACUGACUAGCGCAUGGAAUUUAACAGACACCACGGCAUACAUGAACUCAUCCGUCAAUCCAAUAUUGUUCUGCUGGCGCUUUCGCGAGCUUCGAACCGCAGUUAGGAAGACAGUGAGGCAGAUGCUAUGCAGACCAACAGAGGUAACCUCGCUAACCUAGUGCUUUGGGUUCCGUAUUUGCCUAAAACAACAACGCAUUUACAAACAAGAACCUUGAAAAGCUGCAUACCGGGCGCAGAGAGAAGUCACAGAAAAGUCUGAGGUUUGCGUGAGUCACGCCAACUCAUGUAACGCGCCAGAGAACCCCUCGUCACGUCAUCUGCUGAUUUAAUCAACACGAAUGGACAUUGUUUUUGUUCCGAUUCCUGUUUUUAAUAGACUCAAAGUCUAAUGGAUCCAGAGUGACACUAUUAUGGGGCUUACCUUUUGGUUGGUUAGAUACUAGUUGAGAACUCUUCAGUACAUUUGAAAUGACUAUAUCAUAUCUCAGAAGUGCGCGUGCGUGUAAGUGGGCAAUGCAGACUUUGUGAUGAGUUGUUUACGUAUCUUUUUACAAACGUACUAAUCGUGAGCCUUCGCGUACUACGCUAGCGCCCAGUUUUCUGUUCCAUGUCGGCAAUAUAUUAAUUUAUGUCAAUACCAGUUACAACAAAUAACAUA